UCUGUCGUUUGCAGAUUUUUUAUUAACACAGAGAAAUGCAAUUUUCAGAGUGCCGGGAGCUUUCUGGCAGUGAGCCAAUAUAAAGGAUGAAUUUCCUGAGGAGAGUUGGCAGGUCUUCUCGCUCCCCCUCGCCAUUAACGCGUGGGUCCGGAAACAAUUCCCCAACAGACGAUUGGAGCAACACUCGAAGCAACACAGGCAACAGGAGCAGCAGCAGCAGUAGUGGCACUGCAAAUAGAAAGAAAGAAGGAAAGGAAGAAAGAAAGGAGCAUAGUACUAGUGGUAGUAAUAUGAUUGAUGGGGUCGAUGAUAAUCUUCAGUUAACGGAAGCAGGUUGUCUAGUACCUGACACGCCCCUGUCACCUUCUUCCCCUGUCCCUCCUCUCUCGAUUAAGCCACACCCUCUAUCAUCAUCUGUGUCUCCGCCCAAUUCUCCCGGCUCUCCUACUGUAACGAUAAGUGCUAGCGAGAAGCUGUGUAAGAAGCCACACCCACGAUCGCUGGACAUGAGGAAAUUGAGUAUACCAACUAGUGUAUCACUGGAUUGUAUUAAACAUAAUGGAGAUUAUGAUUCUCCUGCUCAUCAUGUCCCUAGACCUAGUUCUCCAUUGCUUAGUGCAUUAAGAGAAGCAGUGGAGUCCGUCUCAAAUAUGGAGGAUUUUGAACGAAUUGAAAAGAUAGGGUCAGGAUUCUUUGCAGAAGUUUACAAAGUUCGGCACAAAUUGACCGACGAGAUUAUGGUUUUAAAAGUGAAUAAAGGGCUGACAGGAACAAAGACAAGACAAGAAGUUGAGUUACUAAAGAGACUCCAUCAUCCAAACAUACUACACUACAUUGGCUCCUGUAUUCAUAAUGGGCAGCUCCACCCACUCACUGAGUUUGUCAAUGGUGGUACAUUAAAAUCCCUCAUACAAGAUGUCGAGAAGAAUCCGUUUCCUCCCGAGCAAAGAAUUCAACUCUCGCUGGACAUGGCUAUGGGAAUGGAGUAUCUCCAUAACAACGGGAUGCUUCACAGAGAUUUUAACUCGCAUAAUUGCUUGCUGCGGAAAGAAGGUGACAGAUAUACAGCCGUAGUUGCCGAUUUCGGUCUUGCAACUAAAAACCCAAACCUGAUAAAAAAACUGAGACGUAACCAGUCAAUGGUUGGUACACCCUAUUGGAUGGCUCCUGAGGUUCUUCACGGGAAAGAAUACAACGAGAAAGCUGAUACUUAUUCCUAUGGUAUAGUACUCUGUGAAAUAGUGUCACGAAAGGAUGCUGAUCCUGAUGAAAUACCUAGGAGUAAGAACUUUAGUUUAGAUGAGACAGCCUUCAGAGAAUUGCCUGAAGUUAUCAGCUCACCUUGUCCACCAGCUUUCAUUGAUCUAGCCUGCAACUGCUCUAAAUUUGUUCCAGUGGAGAGACCAGGGUUUCCUAGUAUCGUUAGACAGCUCAUACAGUUACAUUCCUCUCACUCGGCUUCCCUCCCACCACGCCCUUUUAAGAGGCUCAGCUGGCAGGGCCACGCCCAUCAAUAUGAGGACCACGCCCACAAUAACGAAACUAUAAAUUUAGCAGAAUUAUUAAUCAAAGAUACUACUACACGAUAAUAUUUUUACAUAUAUCAUUUUUAAUCCUGUGUGUCGUAUUAUAUAAUUAUUAUAUAUUGUAUUAUUAUAAAAAUCAGUCAUCUUUUUUUAGCUAGUUAUAACAAGUUAU